AUGAGCCUCAACGGCGGCACCAAGCGGAAGCAGUCCAAGGGCAACAAGGAAGGCCAGGCCAAGCUCGUCACAGAUGCUCGCUUUGCCUCCCUCCACACUGAUCCUCGGUUCGUCAAGCCAAAAAGAGCAUCCAAUAAAAUCGUGCUCGACGACCGCUUCAAGUCUCUCUUUGAGCCUGAUCCGACGACCGGCAAGGCCAGCAAGAAACGCGCAGUAGACCGGUUCGGCCGACCGUUGAACAAAGACCACUCUCAGGAUGAACUGCGCAAGUUCUACAGGCUAGAUGAUGACGAGGAAGCGGAGGAGCGGGAAAGAAAAGAUCCAGAAGCACAAGGCGUCUCUACUCAGAACAAAGGCAAAGGCAAAGCGCAAGAGAGUGCGCAAGAGUUUGUAGACUAUGCGCGCGGUCAGGCACUGCUCGAGUCAUCAUCAGAAGAAGAAGACGAAGAAGAGGAGGAGGAGGAGCAAGCUGAGAGCUCUGAAGAUGAUGGCGAGAUCAUCCUAGGACCCUCUACCUCGCGCUCGAAGCCCAAAAGAGCGCGCUCUGCCUCACCGUCGGGAUCAGAAAUCUCGAUCGACCUCAACGAAGAUGAUAUUCAAGUCGUCAGACAUUCCUUGCAGGACGAACCUCGUGCCGAGUUGAUCGAGGACGAUGCUCCGCUCGAGGAAGGGAUAGAGUCUCGCCGGAUAGCCGUCGUCAAUCUCGAUUGGGACAACAUCCGCGCUGCAGAUCUCUUCAAAGUCUUCUCCUCCGUCCUCGCACCCGAUCGCGGAACACUGCAACAAUCAGAGGCUGAUGCAGCGCGCACGAGUACUUCCGGUCUGCCUUCCGCCGUCAUGAAGAGAGUGCGAGGCAGAGUGAUAUCAGUCUCGAUCUAUCCUAGCGAAUUUGGCAGGGAGAGGAUGGCACGUGAGGAGCGCGAAGGGCCGCCCAAGGAUAUCUUCCUCCCUGCCGAGCAAUCCGACGAUAGUGAUGUCGAUCCUGACGAUAUCGAUGAGAAGACUGUGCUGCAGCAGGAAGAAGGCGAGGAGUUUGACGAAGUCGCUCUGCGGAAAUAUCAACUAGAACGAUUGCGAUACUACUAUGCUGUCAUCGAGUUCGAUAGCGUCCAAGCUGCUAAGCAUGCUUAUCGUGAGAUAGACGGCACAGAGUUCGGCCGUACCGCCAACUUUUUCGACCUUCGAUACAUACCUGACGAGAUGGAUUUCACCGCUGAUCCGAUCAAGGAGAAAGCUACCUCUGUUGCUGCCGAUUACAACACGCGCGACUUUGUCACUGACGCGCUGAGGCAUUCCAAAGUCAAGCUGACUUGGGACGCCGACGAUGUAGAGAGAGCUCGCUUCACCCGACUAGACACGACCAAGCUCACCAAAGACGAUCUCGAAAAGCUCGAUUUCCAGCCUUUCCUCGCCUCUGAUUCUUCCGACUACGAGAGCGAAGAGGAGGAAGCAGUCCAGAGCGAAGAAGAUGCUCCGCCUCGUUCGACAAUGUCCAGAGCCGAAUCACGUCUCGCCAAACGAGAGCAACUCCGGCGUGCAUUCGGCUUAGACGAAGGCGAGGCGGCUGAGGACGACUUCUUCGAAAAGAAGGACAAUAAGCAGGAUCUUGAGAUCACCUUUGCGCCUGCGCUAUCUGGUCGUGCUGCCAAAACCGAUCUCGCCCCCGCAGAGCCAGAGACCAGUCUUGACGCUUACCGACGCAAGACGAAGCAGCAGAAAGAGACCAAGAAGCAGGCCAAGGCGGCAGCCGACGAGGCGAUGCCUGAUGAAAAGCCAGUGGUGAAGAGCAAACAAGCCAGAAGAGCAGCAAAGGAGGCGGCGCAAGCAAAGGAGCAACGCCAAGCAGCAGAGCUUGCACUGCUCGUCGCUUCCGACUCUGAAGAAGAUAGCGAAAAGCUUCCUGGCAAGCACUUUGAUAUGCGUGCUAUCAUCAAAGCCGAGAAGGAGAAGGGCAAGAAGAAGCGGAGUAGAAAGCAUGGCAAAGUCAAAAGCGACGCAGAAGUGCAGGAUUCUUUCGAGAUUGACGUUGCGGAUAAUCGCUUCGCAAGUCUGCAUGAUCAUCACGAGUUUGCAAUCGACCCUUCGAACCCACACUACAUCAAGACGAAGAAUAUGGAGCGAUUACUCUCGGAGGGUCGCAACAAGCGCCAGAAGCUUGCGCCGCAAGUCGAUGCGACCAGUUCAACCGCUUCAAUGCCGAGCAAACCAACCGACGAUCUGGCAAAGCUCAUCUCGGCGGUCAAGCGCAAGAGUGAGUCGCAGAGCAAGCCGAAGCGUGCUUGA